AUGCCAAAGAAGAGAUCUUCCAACGGUAGAAACAAGAAGGGUAGAGGCCACGUCAAGCCAGUCAGAUGUUUGAACUGUGCUAGAUGUGUUCCUAAGGACAAGGCCAUCAAGAGAGUCACCAUCAGAAACAUGGUUGAGGCUGCUGCCGUUAGAGACUUGUCUGAGGCCUCUGUGUACCAAGAGUACGCUUUGCCAAAGUUGUACAACAAGUUGCACUACUGUGUCUCCUGCGCCAUCCACGCCAGAAUCGUCAGAGUUAGAUCCAGAUCCGACAGAAGAAUCAGAGCUCCUCCUCAGAGAAAGAGAUUCAACCAAGACAGAAAGGUUUCUCCUCAAGACGCUGCCAAGAAGGCUGCUUAA